UGUCUACGACGCCCCAGGGCUCUCCUGUCCGCGCCAAUCGCCAUUGUGCUAAUUGGGGACCUCACCAAAAACUUCACGUCAUCACCACCACUACAAAAACCCUAAUUUAAACCAGGAAAAAAACUCCCAUCGUUUCUCCAAGAAUCAAAAUUCUCACAACAAUGGCUGCUUCAGGUCUUUUCAAGCUCUCAUUUCUCAUGAGCCUUCUUCCCGUCUGGCCCAGGAACACCCCCGCGCCGCUUGCCGUAUUCCCACCUACCUGCAAUCGAAUCGAAUGUCCGAGCUACGACGUUGUCGGCAAAGGACAUGGAUUUGAAAUCCGUCGCUACAAUUCGAGCAUGUGGAUGUCGACGGAGCCCAUUGAUGAUAUUUCCUUCGUCUCCGCCACCAGGACUGGUUUUCUCCAGUUAUUUGAUUACAUUCAGGGCAAGAAUGACAAUCACGAGCAAAUAGAAAUGACUGGUCCAGUUAAGACACAAGUGAAGCCCAGCGACGGGCCGUUCUGUGCUUCGUCCUUCAUAGUGAGUUUCUACAUCCCCAAGAAGAACCAGAAGAAUCCUCCUACAGCAAAAGGCCUCCAUGUUGAAGAUUGGGGUGUCACCUACAUAGCUGUACGUCAAUUCGGCGGUUUUGUAAUGGACGAGGAUCUUGGAAGGGAAGCUGCUGCAUUGUAUGCUAGCCUGUCAGGAACUGUUUGGGCAAACGCCAUUGGUAAGGAGAUAACAGAGUACAUCGUCACCCAGUACAAUUCCCCUUUCGAGUUCCAGAACCGAGUUAACGAAAUCUGGUUUCCUUUCGAAUGGGAGGCAAUUAAUGGCAUUUAGGAUGCAUCGAAAUGAUUUAUCUGUGAAACUUAUGUUGUAGAUUUGAGGUGUGCUGAAUAAGGAAGAUGGAGUUUUUAUGUGUUCUACUUUGUAAGACUUGGAGAUUUAUAACAUGACAGUUAAAAACGA